AUGUCAGGCAACAUGGCUUGGAAGGCCGGCAAGGGCGCUUUUCAAAAGUUUGGCGGCAAGAGUGCUCACCAAGAUCCUACAAUAAGGAGCGUGGACAAUGCUCACUACCGGGGCGCAAAGAUCGAAAAGAAGAAGGAGGACGGGCAACUGGUCUUCUUCCUAAAUGACCACGAAAUUGCCAACAACCACCGCAAGGACAGUGCGUACUAUGAGUACAUGGGAGUACCAGAGAAAGAUGCCAAGAUCCUCUCAAGCGUCGUCGCAAGCGCGAGGUUUUUAGAUAACGGCAUCCGCCUCCCUGUGGUCGGCUACAAGAUUGGUGUCAACACGUUCAUCGAAUUGAUUCCUGGGGCUGGUGACUUCGUUGGUAGCGCUUUAAGCUUUGUGCUCGUCGUCCUACCCAGCUCCAGCGUUUCCAAAGGUCCCGACAGGAAGAAAUUGAGGGCUGUUAUGGUGUCCAACCUGUUGGGAGGCUUUGUCAUCGGCCUGCUGCCCAUCGGUGGAGACAUCGUUGACAGUAUGAUGAAAUUCAAUGUCAAGAACGCAAAUGCACUAGAGGCAAUGCUUUUGAAGCGCGUAGACCACGCCGCUAAAACGGGACGGGAUGCAGAGAAAGUCGGGAGAACGACUGGAUAUCAGCAUACGGGCACCAAUGGACGUCACAUUGCAGCGACCAACGGACAUCCCCACUCCGAACCUCCAACUCAUCAGCCUCCGAGAUAUAUCACAGCGAAUGAUCUACGUCAGGACCCUAGGCCAGAAGCAAACGCGCGAGCGCCAGUGGUCCAGGCUCAGCCGAAGAAAAGUGGUGGCAAUUUCUUUCGACGUCGAGGGGCACCGCAGGGCGGUCAGGACGUGGCGAUGUCAAUGGAAGAGGUCGCACCGGCCCGCCCGUCUCGGCCAAAGCAUUCAGUGCAAGAGCGCGGUGGUCAUUUCUGA